AUCAGAUCGAAGAACUUUGGUUGGAUAAGCAUUGACCACUGUGGACUGACAGAACGGAAUGUUAAAGACUGUCACUUUCAAGGAAAAAAAAGAUUUCUAAAAAAAAAUCAAAACUUUGGGGGAGUGUUGACGAGUCAGAGACACGGUGAAGAUGAGCUUCGUCAAGUAUCUCCGCCGUGACAGUUUGCUCCAGUUAGCCGGAAAACGAUCUAUUAGCCGAAGGUGCAUGCUUCAGACAUGCCGGACUCUCAUCAUUGAAACCGCUCCGCCUGAAUCUGUCAAGCUUAACCGUCUCUCUGGUUCCGAUUCUGGGAUCGUCGAGGUCAAUCUAGACAGGCCUGUGGCCAAAAAUGCUAUUAAUAAGGAGAUGCUAAAAAGUCUCCAGAACACAUUUGAGACCAUACAGCAAGAUAGUUCCGCUAGAGUUGUCAUGAUUACAAGUCUCGUUCCUGGAGUUUUCUGUGCAGGUGCAGAUCUCAAGGAACGUAGAACGAUGACUCCAUCUGAGGUUCACACAUAUGUCAACUCGUUGCGCUACAUGUUCUCUUUCAUAGAGGCAUUGAGUAUCCCAACUAUUGCUGCAAUAGAAGGUGUGGCACUAGGAGGUGGACUCGAAAUGGCUUUAUCCUGUGAUCUUCGAAUCUCUGGUGAAAAUGCAGUAUUUGGUUUGCCUGAAACAGGACUCGCUGUAAUCCCUGGUGCUGGUGGAACACAAAGGCUCUCAAGGCUGGUUGGGAGAUCGGUUUCGAAGGAACUUAUAUUCACAGGUCGAAAGAUUGAUGCAAAAGAAGCUGCAAAUAAAGGGCUAGUGAACUUUUGUGUUACGGCGGGUGAGGCUCAUAUGAAAGCAAUGGAAGUGGCUCAGCAGAUAAAUGAGAAAGGUCCAGUGGCGAUAAAGAUGGCGAAGAAAGCGAUAGAUGAAGGAAUAGAGACGAAUAUGGCUUCAGGUUUGGAGCUAGAGGAGAUGUGUUAUCAGAAGCUUCUUAACACUCAAGAUCGUCUGGAAGGAUUAGCUGCGUUUGCUGAGAAGCGUAAGCCUCUUUACACUGGCAAGUGAAGCUCUCUUUUAGUUUCAAUAACCGGGGGAAGAGAUAAACCAUUGCAUUUAAAAUGUUAAGAACCGGGAUGGUUUAGGAUUAUAAUAAUGUGUAUGAUACAGAAAGCAAGGAAAAAAAAAACAUUUGAAUAUCACUCGUUGUAUUUGUGCAUUCAUUGACUUAAAUAAAAUUAAAGCUGAUGCAAGUUAAAAGCAA